AUGAGAAUCUUAGAAUCUCAGAAUCUCAGAAUCUUAGAAUCUCAGAAUCUCAGAAUCUCAGAAUCUCAGAAUCUCAGAAUCUCAGAAUCUCAGAAUCUCAGAAUCUCAGAAUCUCAAAAUCUCAGAAUCUCAGAAUCUCAUAAUCUCAGAAUCUCAGAAUCUCAGAACCUCAAAACCUCAGAAUCUCAGAAUCUCAGAACCUCAGAAUCACAGAAUCUCAGAACCUCAAAACCUCAGAAUCUCAGAAUCUCAGAACCUCAAAACUUCAGAAUCUCAGAAUCUCAGAAUCUCAGAAUCUCAGAAUCUCAGAAUCUCAGAAUCUCAGAAUCUCAGAAUCUCAGAAUCUCAGAACCUCAGAAUCUCAGAAUCUCAGAAUUUCAAAAUCUCAGAAUCUCAGAAUCUCAGAACCUCAAAACCUCAGAAUCUCAGAAUCUCAGAAUCUCAGAACCUCAGAAUCACAGAAUCUCAGAACCUCAAAACCUCAGAAUCUCAGAAUCUCAGAACCUCAAAACUUCAGAAUCUCAGAAUCUCAGAAUCUCAAAAUCUCAGAAUCUCAGAAUCUCAGAAUCUCAGAACCUCAAAACCUCAGAAUCUCAGAAUCUCAGAACCUCAGAAUCACAGAAUCUCAGAACCUCAAAACCUCAGAAUCUCAGAAUCUCAGAACCUCAAAACUUCAGAAUCUCAGAAUCUCAGAAUCUCAGAAUCUCAGAAUCUCAGAAUCUCAGAAUCUCAGAAUCUCAGAAUCUCAGAAUCUCAGAAUCUCAGAAUCUCAGAACCUCAGAAUCUCAGAAUCUCAGAAUUUCAAAAUCUCAGAAUCUCAGAAUCUCAGAACCUCAAAACCUCAGAAUCUCAGAAUCUCAGAAUCUCAGAACCUCAGAAUCACAGAAUCUCAGAACCUCAAAACCUCAGAAUCUCAGAAUCUCAGAACCUCAAAACUUCAGAAUCUCAGAAUCUCAGAAUCUCAGAAUCUCAAAAUCUCAGAAUCUCAGAAUCUCAGAAUCUCAGAACCUCAAAACCUCAGAAUCUCAGAAUCUCAGAACCUCAAAACUUCAGAAUCUCAGAAUCUCAGAAUCUCAGAAUCUCAAAAUCUCAGAAUCUCAGAAUCUCAGAAUCUCAGAACCUCAAAACCUCAGAAUCUCAGAAUCUCAGAACCUCAGAAUCACAGAAUCUCAGAACCUCAAAACCUCAGAAUCUCAGAAUCUCAGAACCUCAAAACUUCAGAAUCUCAGAAUCUCAGAAUCUCAGAAUCUCAGAAUCUCAGAAUCUCAGAAUCUCAGAAUCUCAGAAUCUCAGAAUCUCAGAAUCUCAGAAUCUCAGAAUCUCAGAAUCUCAGAAUCUCAGAAUUUCAAAAUCUCAGAAUCUCAGAAUCUCAGAACCUCAAAACCUCAGAAUCUCAGAAUCUCAGAAUCUCAGAACCUCAGAAUCACAGAAUCUCAGAACCUCAAAACCUCAGAAUCUCAGAAUCUCAGAACCUCAAAACUUCAGAAUCUCAGAAUCUCAGAAUCUCAGAAUCUCAAAAUCUCAGAAUCUCAGAAUCUCAGAAUCACAGAAUUUCAGAAUCUGAGAAAAAAAGAAAAAAAUCUCGGGCUUACCCGUCUGAUGGCUCCAGGCCGAUCCGCGCCAGGCGGCCGUUCCGAAUGCACCUUCAUUCGAAAAUAUUAG